CAGCGCCUUAAAGGGGCUGCGGCAGCCUGAGCCGAGGGGCGCCCUGAGCCCUGCCCCAGCCAUGCGGGGCGCGGGAUGGAGCCGGCGGAGCUCGACGUGCUGGGGCUGCGGGAGCAGCUGUUCCACGAGCGGGUCCGGGAGUGCCUGAUCUGCACGCUGCUCUUCGCCAGCCUCUACAUCCUGUGCCACUUCAUCAUAACCCACUUCAAGAAACAUGCAGACUUCACCACAGUUGAGGAUGACGAGGAUGCUGCUGUCGACAGAAUUGCGCUGUCGAUGUGCACCUUCACGCUGGCUGUCUCGCUGGGAGCCGUCCUGCUGCUGCCCUUCUCCAUUGUCACCAACGAGGUGCUGCUGCUCUUCCCGCAUAGCUACUACAUCCAGUGGCUGAAUGGCUCCCUGAUCCACGGCCUCUGGAAUCUAGUCUUCCUCUUCUCCAACCUCUCCCUGGUCUUCCUCAUGCCCUUCGCAUAUUUCUUCACCGAGGCUGAGGGCUUCGCGGGAUCCAAGAAGGGCAUCCUGGCCCGAGUCUAUGAGACUUUCGUGAUGCUGCUGCUGCUGACUCUGCUGGUGCUGGGGAUGGUCUGGGUGGCGUCGGCCAUUGUGGACGAGGACGCAGGCAGCCGGGAAUCCCUCUAUGACCUGUGGGAAUACUACCUCCCCUACCUCUACUCCUGCAUCUCACUCUUCGGGGUGCUGCUGCUGCUGUUGUGCACGCCCAUCGGCCUCUCCCGCAUGUUCACCGUCACUGGGAAGCUGCUGGUCAAGCCCCGGCUGCUGGAGGAUCUGGACGAGCAGCUGAACUGCACAAGGUUCGAGGAAGCCGCCCUCUCCCACAAGAUCUCUGCCGGUCCCACCUCCUGCUGGCUCAGCUUGAGUGCGGCUCUGCUCCGGGAGCAGUUCUUGGCCAUCCAGAGCCGGAGACUAGUGCUGGAGCUACGGCGUGGUGCCUCGCCCUGGCAGCGGAAUCUGGGCUACCCCCUGGCCAUGCUGUGCCUCCUGGCGCUGACAGGCAUCUCUGUGCUCGUUGUCUGUUUCCAUACACUGGAGCUGCUGCUGGAUGAUGCUGCCAUGCCACGGGGGAUUCAGGAUGCGCCCCUGGGGCAGGUCUCCUUCUCCAUCUUUGGGUCCUUCGGUGCCGCCCUGCAGGUGGUUCUCAUCUUCUAUCUGAUGGUCUCCUCAGUCGUGGGCUUCUACAGCUCCCCCCUGUUUACAAGGCUGCUCCCUGCGAGGCAGGAUACCCCCAUGACCAAGAUUAUUGGGAACUGCGUAUCCUUGCUUGUGCUCAGCUCCGCGCUGCCCGUCUUCUCCAGGACACUGGGAAUCACACGGUUUGACCUCCUGGGCGACUUUGGCAGGUUUAACUGGCUGGGGAAUUUCUACAUCGUUUUCCUCUACAACAUGCUCUUCGCUGCCCUCACCACCCUGUGCCUGGUGAAGAAGUUUACAUGGGCCGUGCGGGCGGAGCUCAUCCGAGCCUUUGGUUUACACAAGCUGCCCCUGCCUGUGCCACGCACCCACCAGCCCAGCAAGCUCUGCUAGGACGAGUCUGGUGCCAGCCAUGGACUGGGACAUGGGGGCUGCUGCGGCCCCUCCAACCAUGGGCCGGGGGGGAAGCCCCAGCCCCGACUCAAUGGAGUUAUUUGAGUCUCCUGCAUUCUGAGCCGAAGGACCGAGGACCCUGUGGAACGGGCGGGGCCUGGAUGACUCCGCCCUUGUCUGCUUCUGACCAAUGGCCUGCUGGCGAGAAGGGGCCAGGAUCCUCCUGUGGUGCUGAUGCUGCAUUGGGAUGGGGGACAUGGAGGAGGGCCCUCCCCAGGUUGGGGAGACAAGAGAAUUUGUGCCUGUGGGACUGCUGCUGAGCAGCCCCCCCCCGCCCCCGGCACGAUCCUUGGCGGGGUGGGAAGGAGGGGGAUGGCAGCUCCAGGUACCAUGCAGGAAGAUGUAUGGGAUUAAAUGGGAGCUGAUGGCCAGUAGGGGGUGCUGUGGGGAGGGGGAGGGCCCUGGUUGUGGGGGGGCUCCUGGCUAGUCCAGCCCCAGCCUCUCCCAGCAGGGGGUGCUGUGGGGAGCAAGGGUUUAGCAGGUACCGAAGUUGCCUCACUGGACUUGUUGCUAAACUCCUGUGCUGGCCCUGAGCCCCCGGGCAGACCCCCGGAGCCGCGGUUACAUACCUCACUGACAUGCACUAGGCAGCCACCAGUCGCGCCUGCAUCUGCUUCGCUGGCUGCAUCCUCUGUCUGGGCCUCUUCAUUUUAUUUUAUGUAUUUAUUUUGAACAGCUGCUGCCCUGAUCUGUUAUGGGUGAAAUAUCCCCCUUUCCCCCCUGCAGUAGGACCCUCCCCUCACCCAGUGAGCUGAGCCCCUCCCUCCUCUGUCUAUCCAGCCCCCUCAGCCCCAGGCUGCUCCUGUCUCUGACACUCAGUGACUUAGUGUGGGGCUCCAGGGCAGGGCAUGGAGCUGGGGAGGUGUCUGGGUGGGGUAGGGUAGGGGGGCUCAUCAUUCAAACCCCUGGGGGUUUCUUUUUCACCCUGGGCUGUAGGGGGAGAGGAAGGAGCUCUGGCUACAGACACCCCCUAUCUAGCAGGGGCUAAGCUGGUGCCUGAUCCUGCCUCUGAGGGGGAGGAGUGGGAGGGGAUCUCUCCUGGGGGGGGGGUGUUUAGAGGCCUGGGGGGAGGCUAUAACUGUCAAUCCUUCCCCCUAUUGCAUUAGAGCUGGGUGGGGGGGCAGACCUGGAAGGGGUGUGGGCCAGGAUCUCUACUCCUUCGUGCUGCAUUCCUCCUCCUCGGCCCUGCCCUCGAGCAUGGGAGCCCAGGGCCAGCUUUGCUUCAUAUCAUGAGUGGGCCAGGUCUCUGCACGGGCAGGUGCUAGUGACAAUACAGAUCAGCUAUCAA